AUGAAAGGAAACAGUUCGAGUCCUGAAGAUAGUGCCAUGAAUCCCCCUUCGGCUGAGGAACUAAAGGCCCCAACCGAUGAGUCUCCGCCGCAACUGACAGGAGGGAGAAGCAACAAGAAUGGAUCUGAAACAACAAAUGAAGUCGAGAAAAAUGGAGAAAUGAAGCCUUCGGAGGAAGAAGACAGGAAAAAUACUAAGGAUUUGCUCGAGGAGAUAAAAAUGCAAAAGAGCCAUGAUCUCUACUGUCGAUACUGCAUUCAUAACAUCACCCAAACUGCUGAAAUCGUUGAAAAGGGAAAAGAGAAUUUUCCGUACAACAAAGAGAAAUUCGUUCUCUCUUUUGUUAUCGUUCUCUCCUUCAAGUACCCUUUCAUCUUCCUCCCAUGGCUCUAUAACAAUAGAACAAGAGUCACCAAGAAACAUGUUCUGGACUGGCUGCGGUUGGCAUUUGUUGUGGUUCUGCUAUUGCUAUCAGCCAUUUUUCUGUUGGUCCCGCCUUCUCAGCCACCAACACCGCCAACGCCACCGGCACAUUCCAGUGGAAGCUCAACGAUUGUAAUCCCUGACCAGCAGAAAAUUCCUGAAGAGGUUACAGAGAUCGAUGCUAGUCUAAAACCACAUGGUACUCCUGAUGAUGUCAAGCCCAAUAACCUUAGAAUUCCUUCUCCACCACUGAUAAAGAACAAAGGAGGUUGGAUCUCUAGGUCUGGGGUCAAAGAUUUCUCAAGUAACAGGGUUCUUGCCCUUAUCUCGUUGUUGCUACUUGCCAUUUUGGCUAUGUGCUUGCAUUUCAUUCCCUGGACCAAAAGUCCAAAACAGGAAAUCGAUGCUCCUGCUGGUGAAAUCCAAAGUGAUGGAGAUAAAGGCAAAAAGCAGGUCCAUGAAGGUAAACAAGAUGUUGCUCCGCAGAAUGAUGGUCUUAUUGCUGUGAUCUCUCAAACCUCAACGUCAAUGAAACAUCUAGAGACAUUGCGGAAUUAUAUUAUGGUUACAGUUAAAAAUAUAUUACUAACAGAGCUAGACAUCUUGAAGAGUAUUGUGUACGGAGGUCUAAUCGAGUCUAUCACAAGCUUCGGUGUUGUAUCCUCUGCUGCUGGAUCUGGAACUUCGACUGUCAACGUUCUGGCUUUAGGGCUUGCCAAUUUAUCCAGUGGCCUUUUUCUCAUCAUUUACAACCUAUAUGGACUUGUAAACUCUCAACCAUUUAAUCCAAGUGCGAACAUUGUUCUUUUGACGGGUGUGCAAGCGACAGACUCAAAAGAUGAUCCGAAAGCUCCAAAACCUACGAUAGAUCCCUACGUGGAAUUGUUGGGAAAGAGAAAGAAGACCACACUCCAUUGCGUCGUUGUUGUGGUUUCCUUCAUCUUCUUUGGUGUGAUACCUCUUUUCUUUUACGGCCUCGCUUUCAAAAUAACAGACAAUAGACACUAUGAAGCUGCGGUUUUCGUUUCCGCAUCUCUGGUUUGUGUCAUCUCUCUCUCGUUUGGCAAAGCUCACGCCUUCAAGAUGAAUAAACCCAAGACCGUGGUUAUAUACACCGGAAUAGCGAUUGGGGCAUCUGCGCUUUCUUUCAUUGGAAGUCAACACAUCAGAGCUCUGCUAGACAAGUAUGACUUUCAUUAG